UCGACGCUUCUAAGUCCACUUGGCGUUUUAUAUGUGCGGGAGUACGAGAGGCCCGCGCCACGAGAAUAUUUUUCAUACGAUUCGACAUCAUACGUGAUCGUAACGAAUUACUGUACAUUUACACGGUAAUCGCAACGACAAUCGAAAUUUGAUAGAAAAAUUCAGGACGUGGAAAAACUUUGCUCAAAGAACAUUUUCGACCUUUCCAAUAAGAAAACAACACAUGCACCCGUUGUAUGAAUAAAUGUAAACGAAUACGUAUAUAUGUAUAGUUGCACAUAUUUGUGUCGAUGUUUUUAAUUUAUUCUUACAACGCAAGGGUCGAACAAUCGAAUAUAUGAGUGCAAAAGGCGAGACGCAACGGGGUCCGCAUAAGGAUUAUAACGGUGAAGUGUUUCGUAAUUAAUCAACACGACAUAAUUGCACACGGAGAACUGUAGAGUGCGGUUAAUAAAGGAGGGAAAAUAAAAAGGAAUUCGACAAUUGGAUGCAAGUCAUUAAUUUGCAUUUCAUCCACCCAUGCGUCACGUGAAUCACGACGAUUUGGGAGAAAUUUAAUUUUUUUUCCAUCGCAGAAUUUAUCGACCGUCCGACACGCCAUCGAAACCGCAACGCCGAUCGCGGUACAGGGGCACAUGAUUUGUUGCAGGUGACGAAAAUCUGCAGGGUGCAGGUGGGAAUCAGAGACGAAUUCACUAAAAGAGAAGUGGGAAGCUGCGUUAAGAUUAUCUCAUCAUGAAGGCCAACGCGCAGUUACAACAGUUCAAAAAAUGCUUGAUAUUGUUCAUGGUCGGGAUUACCUGCAGUGCGUUGGCUUACGCUAUCUACGUGGUGAAUCCCAUAAAGAUGGUCCUCGAAAAUAAACUGAAAAUGGCACCAGGAUCCAUGGUAUUUUCACUGUGGCAAAAACCACCCGUUGAGAUUUACAUAAAGGUGUACAUAUUCAACAUAACGAAUCCCGAGGAAUUCAAAGCUGGAAAAGAGAAACUAAAAGUCGAAGAGAUCGGCCCCUACGUGUACCAGGAGAUGAUGGAGAAUCACAACGUGACAUUUAACGAGAACGGAACGGUCUCGUACCGGCCAAAAAGGGAGGUCUACUUCGUUCCAGAAAUGUCGAUAGGUGAUCCAAAGGAUGCGGUAGUUCAAGUGCCCAACGUACCGCUACUGGGAAUCGCGUCUGCUUUACACGACAGCAACUUCCUCGUGACGAUGCCACUCGCCCAGAUCAUCAAUUUCCUGGACAGUCAAACCAUCCUGAACAUAACCGCUUACGAAUAUCUCUGGGGAUACGAGGACACCUUGGUUCACCUUGCGAGCAGCAUUGUGCCAAACUUUAUCAACUUCCGAAAAUUCGGACUCUUGGAUAGGCUGUACGACGAAGGGGACAACCUUAUGAACAUGAACAUCAAGAAAAACGAAAACAUGACCGAGGAAAUCGGACGCUACCUCAGCAUCGAGUCGCUGAAUGGAAACCCGGGUUUAUCGAACUGGGGAUACGUGCCCACGGAAGCCAACGAAACGAACCCUGCAAAUACGAUUUGCAAUCGGCUACAGGGUGCGACCGAAGGAACUUUGUUGCCACCGAACCUCGACAAGCACGCGGUGUUCCGGGUCUACAGAAAAGCAUUUUGCCGAACGUUACCCAUCGAGUUCGUGAAGGAAGUGACGACGGAAAGCGGACUUCCCGGUUACGAGUACUCGUUCGCCGAAGACUUUUUGGACCCGGCGGAUACCAAUCCGGACAACGAGUGUUACUGUCGUAAAAUGAAGAAAUGUUUGAAGAAAGGACUUUCGGACAUGACGCCGUGUUACUACAAUGUACCAGCUGCGAUAUCAUUGCCACAUUUUUACAAGGCUGAUCCCAGUUUGGUAGAGGCGGUAGAAGGCCUUAAUCCAAACGAAGAGAAACAUGGAACGACUGUUAUUAUUCAACCGGAUGUCGGAAUACCUCUGUCCGUAAAAUCUAGAGUGCAAACGAACCUGGUCAUGGAUACCGUUCAUUUCAGCCCCAGGAUCACACCCUUCAACGAUCUAACGAUACCCUUGUUCUGGUCGGAUAUGUAUAUACCUGAAUUACCAGCUGAUUUGAUCCUCCUCAUGAGACUGGGACUUCAAAUAAUCCCGAUCGUGCAGACGACGAUUGUCGCAAUUUUGGGCGUCGUUGGACUGUCGACGUUCGCUCUAUCUCUCCUGAAAACAUUGUGGAUCGUCUACCAACAGGAAGAAGAGGACAGCAAACGCGAAGACGGAAAUGAUCUCAAGAUAUCUUUGGGUUACGGCCAGUACAGCGCGAUCAGAAUUUUACCGGCGAUAAAAAAGAUAACGUCAAAAACGGACCUAUUUGGCUAGAAAGAGGAAAUUGAGGGAUGACUUCGAAGAAAAUAUUAGAAAAUUUCAAUUUUUUUCAAAGGAGAAUGCAAAACGGCGGAAGGGCUCUGACGAAGACGGUCGUAUUAAUCCAAGGACUGAUAAUGUAGAGUACGAUUCGAGGAGUUUCGAAGAACAGGGCGUUUGAUUCCAUCCAACUGUCGCCUCCGCAGAGGUGCGCAGAAAGCAUUUCACCGGCUGUGAAGUCCACAAAAAAAAAACGGCAUAAAGUAUAUAGAUUUCACGAAAUAAAAGGGUAGAGAAAGGACCACCCGGUAAGAACUUGAAAAUCUUGAAAGGCCUUUCAAGGAAAUAUGAAUCCGUCAAAGGGUCCGUUCGUGUUCUCACCCACCGAGAAUUUUAUCGUGCCGAAAUUUAGCCAACGCUUUUCGACCGUCUGUCGCGAACGAUCCGCGAAACAUCAAAACUGAAAGACGUGUCUAUACAUACAUCUGGCCAAAGUGGUCUAUUAUUUGGAAAAAAAUAUCUUCACAAAGUAUUAUUAUCUCCGAACAAAUUCAGAGUAGUUGAAAAUUCGGUAAUCGUGUACGGUUCUCUGGAGUAACGUCGGCUACCGUUUCAACGCUGAAAUUUCGACGCUUCGCUUUCUUCCGGUAACAAGAGUUGAACUCGUAGGGUCUGUUACCCGGCAAAUUUGUCCUAACGACUAACUAGAUUCGCUCUCGGACGUACGUAAUCACGCCAACGUUUCUAAUCAGUGCAGUCUGCAGCGACGAGUUCUCCACGAGCCACACGUCGUUUUGUCAUUCAAUUAAAAUCAACUGUCUCGUCUUACUGUAAAGAAAGAAAAAAGAAAAGAAAAAAAAUAUCGGAUUUCGAAUUUGACGAAAAAUUUUGACUGCGCCUUACGGAACGGCUACAAAUUGCUGAUUGAAUCAGACCUACGGUUGAUUGGCGACAAAUUUAGGAUGUGCAAAAAAUUCCAAAUCUGAAAAAUCAACGACGCUCGGAUAAGGAUGAAUAAUUAGGCUGUAUAACGGAGUUUCAGUGACUCACCUGAUAUUGAUUAAUUUAUUGAUUGAACUAAUUCGACGUCUCCUAUGAAAUUUUUCCGCUACCAAAAUUUUCCUCUUGCGUGAGUGUGCAUUCGGAACGGUGCCCAGUGUGAACGUGUUUAACGUGUAUUCUACGAACACUUUACGGUGAAAUAGUAUACUCGUAUAAUUAUAGGAGAAUAGGAUAUGCGUAAGGGAUAAAG